AUGAGAGACAUCAAACUCGACAACAAUAGUGACAACAUCAUCAUGAAGACUGAUUCUCUGAAGGACGAGGGCUUGCAGCGCACCGCCUCCAACGGAAACGGCGAGGUCGAAAACGCAAACGCUGAAGAUGCAGGCCUUCAGCGCGGAUUGGCCGGCCGCCAUCUUAUGAUGUUGGCAAUCGGAGGCGUUAUUGGCCCCGGCUACUUUGUCGGCAUGGGCACUGGUCUUUCAACUGCCGGGCCUGCAGGUCUGCUUCUGUGCUUUGCCAUCGUGGGAGUUCUGCUGUGGGCUGUGAUGCAGUCUCUGGGAGAGCUUGGAGCGUUUAUUCCCAUGUCUGGUUCUUUCACCCAUUACACGUCCAUGUUUCUCGAUCCCGCCCUUGGAUUCGCUCUUGGAUGGAACUAUUGGCUUCUCUGGGCCGGUAUCAUCAUCGCAGAAUACAACAACUUGGGUCUGGUUUUGACAUACUGGGAGACUCCUAUUCCGCGAUGGGGCUGGAUCUUGAUCUUCUGGGGAAUCUUCCUCGCGUUUACUUUCCUCGGUAUCCAAUCCUUCGGUGAAGCCGAAUUCUGGCUCGCUUUGAUCAAGGUCAUUGCCAUCCUCGCCUUCUUCCUCUGCGCCAUCCUCAUCACCUCGGGCGCCAUCGGCGGUGAAAAGAUGGGUUUCAAGUUUUACCACGAUCCGGGUCCCUUUGCGGACGGUGUCAAGGGCGUCUUCAAGAUCUUUACCUUUGCUGCGCUUAUGUACAGCGGUACCGAGAUGAUUGGUCUGACUGCCGGAGAGUCCAAGAACCCUGCUAAGGACGUUCCCAAGGCUGUCAAGAGCGUUCUUUGGAGAAUCGUUGGCAUCUUUUUGCUCGGUAUAUUCUUUCUGACUCUUACGGUCCCUUACAACGACCCCAAUCUGCUUUCGGCAAAGAGCAAGACUGCCCGGUCUCCUUUCGUCAUUGCCUUUACUCGAGUCGGAGCUACAGCUGGUGCACAUGCCAUCAACGCCGUCAUCCUCAUCACCAUGUUUUCUGCCAUCAACAGUGCCCUGUAUGUUGGCUCGAGAACCCUCUAUGGUCUGGCUGUCGAGGGUUUGGCUCCCAAGAUCUUUGCUUGGACAAACUCGAGGGGCGUCCCAGCCUACUCCCUCGUUCUCAUGAACCUGAUCGGUUUCCUGUCCCUGCUUAACCUUUCCAGCGGAGCUGGUGUUGUUUACACGUGGAUCAUUUCCAUGACAGGUGUGGCCACAUUCAUUACCUGGGGCCUCAUAUCUCUUAACCAUAUCCGCUUCCGCAUGGCUCUCAAAGCCCAAAACAUUCCCAUCGACGUUCUACCUUUCCAAGCCCCCGCCUGGCGCUUCUGCGCGUACCUCGGCGUUGGCGGAAACCUCUUCUUUGCUUUCUUCCAGGGUUGGACUUCUUUUGCGCCGUGGGACGUGGAGGCUUUCUUCAUGAACUACGUCAUCCUCCUCGUGUUCAUCAUCUUGGCUGUGGGCUGGAAGAUUACACACAAGACAAAGUUUGUGACGCUCAAGAGUAUCGACUUUAGCAGCGCAAGGCUUUGGAAUGUUGAGAUGCAGAUGAGGGCUGAUGCCGAGGCUGCUGUUCAGGCUAAGGAGGAAGAGGUCAAGGAGUAG